UCAUGCAAGAGAAAAACGGCACUUGUUUCUCUCUCUCUGUUUCUCUGUGUAUAAUAUGUAUGUAUGUAUGUAUGUAUCUGUGUACAGAUUGGUAGAUAAAAUAUCGUCUUCCUCUCUCUGAAUGUGCAGUAGACAUCCAGGGUCAUGGAUAUGCAAUCUUCUUUUAUCUUGGAAAAGUUGGAUUGAAAAUGCAGUUUGCCUUUGAUUAAGGGCAUCGCGUCCAAGGCAAGUAAUAAAGGUCUAAUUAGGAAAACAAGCAGAGAGAGAGAAAGUUUUCCUGACUGAUGAGUGUUGAUGAUGAUGUUCUUCUUGUAAGAGCAUCUCUCUUUUUGCUCUCUUUAGUACAACCACCAAUAGAUCUAAUAUCUCUCUCUCACUACGAAAAGGAUCUCCAUCUCUACCUACUCUCUUUGCAUGUCCAGCAGUGUUUUAUCCACCACGCUCAACUGACUGGUCUUCUAUGAGUCAUAUUAGAGGGUCGAAUUAGUUGUCGGUGCGUGGGAGGAUCGACUUGAGUCACAAUGGCAUCGAAACAUGGAUUGAAAUCUAAGAAGCAAGCAACAAGUAGUUCGAGAGUUGCAAAUUCUCAUUCAUCUUCAACCACAUCCUCCUCAAAGAAGUUUCUGGAAACGUCUAUUGAUGGUCAGAGCUCACCUGCUUCCUCAUCGGCUCGAAGUAAGCCUCAGUACUUUUACUCAGAAAGUGCACAUUUGGAUGCGGAAAGGUCUAAAGAAAAUGUCACAGUGACCGUCCGCUUCCGUCCAUUAAGUCAGAGGGAAAUUCGUCAAGGAGAGGAGAUAGCGUGGUAUGCAGAUGGAGAAACUAUUGUGCGAAGUGAACAUAAUACAUCGAUGGCAUAUGCAUAUGAUCGAGUUUUUGGCCCUACCACCACAACACGCCAUGUCUAUGAUGUUGCUGCUCAACAUGUUGUCAGUGGUGCAAUGGACGGCAUAAAUGGUACCAUUUUUGCAUAUGGUGUAACAAGCAGUGGAAAGACGCACACAAUGCAUGGUGAUCAGAGGUCCCCUGGAAUAAUACCAUUGGCGGUGAAGGAUGCUUUUAGUAUUAUCCAGGAGACUCCAAACCGAGAAUUUCUUCUUCGUGUUUCGUACUUGGAAAUCUACAAUGAGGUUGUUAAUGACUUGUUAAAUCCAGCAGGGCAGAACUUAAGAAUUAGAGAGGAUGCUCAGGGAACCUUUGUUGAGGGUAUAAAGGAAGAAGUUGUAUUAUCCCCUGCUCAUGCUCUAUCUCUUAUAGCAGCUGGAGAAGAGCACAGGCAUGUUGGUUCGACAAAUUUCAAUUUACUAAGCAGUCGAAGUCAUACAAUAUUUACUCUGACAGUUGAGAGUAGCCCAUGCGGUGAAAAUAGUGAAGGAGAAGCUGUAAAUUUGUCACAACUGAACCUCAUCGAUCUGGCAGGUUCUGAAAGCUCAAAGGCUGAAACAACAGGCGUGAGACGGAAAGAAGGAUCGUAUAUAAAUAAAAGCCUACUGACCCUUGGAACUGUAAUAUCAAAGCUAACAGAUGGGAGGGCCACCCAUGUACCUUACAGGGACUCUAAAUUAACAAGGCUCCUUCAGUCUUCGCUAAGUGGUCAUGGACGUGUAUCUCUUAUUUGCAAUGUCACUCCUGCAUCAAGCAGUGCAGAAGAGACACAUAAUACUUUGAAAUUUGCCCACCGUGCAAAACACAUAGAAAUUCAAGCAGCACAGAACAAGAUUAUUGAUGAGAAGUCCCUUAUUAAGAAAUAUCAAAACGAGAUACGAUCUUUGAAGGAAGAGUUGGAACAAUUAAAGAGGGGCAUAGUGACAGUUCCUCAACUGAAAGAUUUUGGAGAAGAUGAUCUUGUCCUCUUGAAACAAAAGCUAGAAGAUGGUCAAGUCAAGCUGCAAUCAAGAUUGGAACAGGAAGAGGAAGCUAAAGCAGCUCUACUUAGCAGGAUACAACGUCUGACUAAGUUAAUUUUAGUUUCUUCAAAAACUUCACAAUCAUCUAGAUUUCCUCACCGCCCUGGUCUCAGGAGGAGACAUUCCUUUGGAGAAGAAGAGCUUGCAUACGUACCGCACAGAAGGCGGGAUUUGAUCCUCGAUGAUGAAAACAUUGAAUUGUACGUUUCCCUUGAAGGGAAUACUGAAAUGGCAGAAGAUACACUUAGGGAGGAGAAAAAGACCCGGAAGAAUGGAUUUCUAAACUGGUUAAAGCCACGGAAACGGGACAGUAACGUAGCAGCAUUGACAAGCACCAGUGAUAAGUCAAAUGGUGCUAAAUCUAAUAGUACACCUUCAACCCCUCAAACUGGAAGGAGUAAUCUCCAUGCAGAAUCCAGGCUUUCCAACUCUUUACUUAUAGAGAGCACUCCAUCUGUGGAUAUUCUAUCUGAUACUCAACGAGAGAGAGAAAUUCUUGAGGAAAAUUUCCUUGGACAAGAGACACCUUCGACUAGCACAAAAACAAUUGAUCAAAUUGAUCUUCUGAGGGAGCAGCAGAAGAUCUUAUCUGGAGAGGUGGCAUUACACUCAAGUUCUUUGAAGAUGUUGUGUGAGGAAGCUGCACGAAAUCCCCAGAAAGAACAGAUUGAAGGGGAGAUGAGAAGGUUGAAAGACGAAAUCAAAGGGAAGAAUGAACAAAUUGCUUUGCUAGAAAAGCAAAUUGCUGAUUCCCUAAUGGUUUCACACAACAAAAUGGAUAAAAUAGAAAUGUCACAAUCUUUUGCCGAACUGGUGACACAGUUUAAUGAGAAGUCCUUUGAACUUGAGGUGAAAGCCGCAGAUAAUCGUAUAAUCCAAGAGCAGCUAAACCAGAAGAUAUGCGAAUGUGAAAGUUUGCAGGAAACAAUUACCUCCUUGAAGCAGCAGUUGACUGAUGCAUUAGAGUUGAAAAAUUUUAGUCAUGUUCCAGUAUCCAAAGAUUCAAAUGAAGAAAUGAUACAACAAGCUCAGGCUACUGAGAUUGAAGAACUGAAGCAGAAACUUGAUGAAUUAACAGUGUCAAAAGAACAGCUAGAACUUCGAAAUCAGAAACUGGCAGAUGAAAGUUCCUAUGCCAAAGGGCUAGCUUCAGCCGCAGCUGUUGAGCUCAAGGCACUGUCAGAGGAAGUUGCCAAGCUCAUGAAUCAUAAUGAGAGACUAUCAGCUGAACUGGCAGUAAAAAACUCCCCCACUCAGCGUAGAUCCAGUGGUGUUACAGGUGUAGUGAGGAAUGGCAGAAGAGAACCUCUCAUCAGACGGCAGGACCAAGCUGGAUCAGCUUCAGAUCUCAAGAGAGAAUUGGCCAUGAGUCGGGAGAGAGAACUUGCAUAUGAAGGUGCUCUUAUAGAGAGGGAUCAAAAAGAGGCUGAGCUUCAAAGGAAGGUUGAGGAAUCUAAGCAAAGAGAAGCUUAUCUGGAAAACGAACUUGCCAACAUGUGGGUUCGUGUGGCACAGUUGAAAAAAUCCCAAGGAGCUGAUACUGAUGAAUCCAGGUAGACAAGAGUGACUCUGAUUUCAUGGUUUUGGGAUCAAAAAUGGUGGAAGCUAUAAUUCGAGUCACAGAUGAUCUACGGUGACAAGGGGUUUCUAAUGAUAGUGUGUGAAGUGUGUUUUGCACUGCGUGAAGGGGGUGUUGUGUAAUAUAUAGUGUUUUUUCCCCUCACCCUUGUAAGGAUUGUUUCCUCUCUUUUUUUUUCUUUUUUUUUCCCCGGUGUCUUUUCUGUAUAUUUCUGGAGGCACUACUUAGAGAGUUAGAGGUAUCAUCGUGAGCCGACCUAGUUCAGUACGGCCCACAGGGGGGCCCGCUGACUUCAUGGGCCGGGCCCACCCAUCUAGUCAGAUUUCAGUUGCUGGCCCGCGAACCUCAAAUAAUAAUACACGACAUGUUAGGGACAUGUUAGGGCCCAAUUGCUGGGCCUAACAGGCCCGGUUUUUUAAUAAAA